CCACUCGAAUAGCAACCGCAAACACCGAAAAAUGUCCGAACUAAGCAAGUGCUUCUACGAGGCGACCGCCGGCAAGACCUGCCGUGACCUUUGCCAUCCCGAAUAUGCCUCCUGCUGGAUUUCGUUCGUCGAAAGUGCGCGACUCUUGCUGCCGGGGAGCUUCAAGCUGUAUCUACCUUAUCUGGUGAUUCCGGCUAUCAUCAAGGGUGGAGGAUAUACGCGCAAGUACUGGCGGGAUAGCAUUCUGGGAUAUUGCGAUUUGUCCUUCAAGACCUACGUGGUUGCCGUCUGUGGACUGACUUUUCAGUGUGUGUUCUACAAGUUGUUUGGUGAACUAAAAUAUUACUGGGUGAUGUUUUUUCCGGGAUUGUUCAGCACUAUAUUGUCACCAAAGAUGUCCAAGGUACAUCAAAGAUUGCAAGGAAUAACCUAUUUCAAUAUGAUGCUCGAGGCUUUGAUAAAACAAACUAAUUUAAGCUUGGUGGUGGCGUUACGGGACUCGAAGCUGCUGGGAACACUUUUGUUUAUGAUUUUCAACGCCCGAAUUCUGGAUAUUCUGCAGAGGGUUCCGGUGAACCAUUUCUGGUUUGCCUAUCCUGUGAAAAUAAAGAAGGGUGAUGUCAACUCGGAGGAUGACAGUCGAGUGUUGGGCACGAUCUUCCCCAGUGCUCAUAAAGCUUGCUCCCAUGAAAGAUCUUGCGAUAUGCAUAUUUUGGAUGGUUUCCUAAAAUAUUCUCUGACAGGUUUCAUCAUUGAGCUUGCUAGGUUCUUUUUCAAUAAAUUUCCCGUACUGAUGAAGGAACCGCGCAAGUUUUUGCCGGAAGCACGCCGCAGUCUUAGCAUGCAGCUGAUGUUCUUCUUCGGGUCCUAUAUUGGUGCCUAUCGGUUGAUAGGCUGCCUGCUUUGUCGGCACUUCGGAGAAGAUCGGCCAAUAAACAACCAGAUUGCCGGCUUUUUGGGAGGCCUACCGUACUUGAUCUACCCCAAGUACCAGGUGCUUACCUUAGCUUUCACCAAGUUUAUUGAGGUUGAAUGGGACUACUAUUUCAAAACGGCCAAGAAAAUUCCCGGUUGGAUGAGGCAAUUGGAUCGACUUCCGUACCUCCGCAUCGUACUGAUCCUGGGUAUCGCCUACUUGUACCACACGAUCGUCUUCUAUCCGCAUCUUUCGCCUUCGUUCAACCGAAAGGUAAUCAACUACUGUUCGGGCAACCGCGUCGAACGAUUGAGGCGACGUCUGACCGGUUGGAUGCUCCAAAACGAAUGGAACAAAGCUUGAAUUAAUAAUUAUGGAAAUAUAUUUUCGUUCUGUACUAAACCCGACUUCGGGCGUUGAGAGGCACCAA